AAUUUAUAAUAUCAUACAAAUUUCUAAUUUAUUUUGGGACACGGAGUAGUAUGGUAAACAAUCUUCCUAUUUCUAAUUUAUUCAAUGUCCUAUCAGUAGAGCUAUUUUUAGUCUUAGUUCUAUUUGAUAGGUUCGUGCUAUUCUUCAAGGCGUUAAAGUUGACAUCGCUUCCAACUUUUUUUUUUAAGGGUUUAUUUUGUUUUAACUGAAAUUUUUUUGUUGAAAUUAUUGUAGAUAAAUGUAAGAGUGAGCUGAAAUAGUGUGGAAAGUACAGGGUCUGUGAGCUUCAUAAGUAAUGCUAGACGGCAAUUAAAGUUGAUUUAAGAUAAAGUUUGUGGGUUUGACAAAAUUUAACAAAUCUCAGUUGUGAUCAGGGGCGUAGCUGGGCUAUGCAAGUAAAUAUGGUAGUUAGGGAGGUGAUCAGGCCGUACAAUUUAGGGCGAUUUUUUAGUCUGAAUUAGGGCUUUGAUUUUGGGGGAGAAGGACAAUGUUUAUGAAGUAGAUCAGCAGGCCGUUGGGACGAGUUAUGAUGGAUUGGGUGAGUGAGAUCUAUGAAUAGUAUCAAAAAGUGUAGUGAGACAUAUGAAUAGUAGCAAAAAUAAGUUAAAUAAUAAAAUAAGUUGGUUUUUAAUUUGGAGGUAAAUGCAUAAUUAGAAUAGAUAUCGCUUCGAACUUGGUUGGCCUUGCGAGGUUAAGUAGAAUUUGCUAAAUUAGGAUUUUCCUAAAGACAUAGUAGUUUCUGUUUUUCAAACUUAUGGUUUUAUAAGGAAAUAGGAGAGCUACUUGUAUUAUAAAAAUUUGUUAAUUAUCUUGUUAUGACGUUGUGGAAGAUUUUAAUAGACAUUUUACCAUGAAUGCUUGUAGGAUGAGCUAAAUUUUAACAUGUAUGUGAAUGUCUUUUUCGAGGCAUUUCAACUUUUCAAGUGUGUACAUAUUUGUAGAAUCUAAGGCUGUGUUUGUUUUGGUUUCAAAUUACUUUCGAAAAUGCUUUUCCGUAAAACUUGAGUGUUUGGUUGAACCAGUAUAUUCAGUCAACUGAAAUGCUUUUCCCCUUUGAUCGUAAAAUAACCAAAAACACCCGUAAAAUCAUUUCCGUUCAUAUUUUCACUUCAAACCAUUUCCACUCCUCACAUAACACGGUCUGAGCUUUCUCACAGCAGCGCACUCCUCACAGCAGCACAAGCUCUCACACGCACUUCUCACAGCUCCACCCACAGUCUGACGAGCGCAAAAUGCAGACCCACGGUGAGUUUCCUUUCCACUUCUCGGUCCCGAUCCGACCCACGGUGAGUGAGUUUCUCAGUCCGAUCCACACACUUCCGAUCUACACACCUCCAACCAAAACCUGACCUCCAAUCGACAUUCCCUCAAACCCAUCUAGCCAAAAUCCACGGUGAGUGAGUUUCUUAGUCCGAUCCACACACCUCCGACCAAAACUUGACCUCUGAUCCGCAUUAUCUUAAACCCAUAAACAACCCAACCUUCUACCCACCCUCUCGGAUCUGAUCUAUAUAUAUAUUUAUUUGUUUAUCUACUUCAUAUAAUUAUUUAUUUAUUUAUUUAUAUAAUUAUUUAUGGGCAAAAUGGCCCAUUAGCAUUAAUUUUUGAAAUAUUUAGGCCCGGAACACUGUUUGGGAAAUAUAUAGGAAAGUACCACUUUUUGUGGUACUCGAGCUUGGUGAGUUCGAGUACCCCAUUUUUCUGUUCCAGCGUGGCAUCUGACGUGGGCAUCUGAAUUUAAAAAAUAAACUUGGUACUCGAGCUCAUGAAGCUCGAGUACUGCUCAGCCUUGUCUCCCUAUUACCCCACACUUAAACCGUCUGUUACCCACAAUACCCAACCCAGAAUAGAGCAAAACAUACCCAUAAACACGAAACCUCUCAAUCUCGCUAUCUCCCUCUCUCAAUCUAAAGCUAUCUCCCUCUCUCAAUCUAAAGCUAUUUCCUCACAAAUACUCUCAUUCUUCCUCUCAAUCUCGUAAAUACUCUCAUUCUCCCUCUCAAUCUCGCGAUCUGCCUCAUUCUCCGUCGCCGUCUCGCUCUCGGUCUCCCUCUCGCACUGUUGCUCACGCUCUCGGUCUCCCUCUCACAAGCAUGACCCGCUAUACAGACUUUGUUGACGAGGCAAGAUGAGCAUCGUUCAAGUUUGCUUUGGGAUGCGCAUUUGGAAGGCGAGGAAGUGCCAGGUGUAUUGACUUGUCGUCACCGAGAUAAAGGUCUGCUUGAAGGUAGGGUAGAUGGGUUAGAUCCACGAAUUGUCGCUUAUAUCACUGAUGCGGGGUUAGAUGGGCUACUUCGGGUCCCACAUAUGAACAUUGACCACGCAUUGAUCACAGCGUUGGUGGAGAGAUGGCGGCCGGAGACGCACUCAUUUCACUUGCCCCACGGUGAGAUGACCAUCACACUACAAGAUAUGGAGGUUAUAAUGGGGGUACCUGUAGAUGGCUUGCCAUUGGUGGAAUGUAUACCCUCGACGGGCAGUUGGCGUGACGUCUGCCGUAGAUUGCUAGGGCAUAUACCGCCAGAUAGAGAAUUUGGUCAUAAUAAGAACACUGGAGUGCUGGAAGGGGCGAGCAUAAAAGCCAAAUGGCUUGAGGAUCGGUUUAGCAACCCUCUCCCGGUUGACGCCCCUGAGGCGCUUGUGCAGAAAUAUGCUCGUUUUUACAUAGUGGAGUUGUUAGGUGUUACGCUAUUUAUGGACAAGUCUUGAGAACGGAUCUUAAUUAGGUAUUUGCAAUUUUUCGAUCCAAUUAGCAACGGAAAGAAGUAUAGUCGGGGUAGUGUAGCACUAAGUUGGCUCUAUAGACACCUCUGUAAGGCAUCAGAGAAGACAGCCAAGCAGAUCGGCGGUGCACUGCUAUUGGUGCAGUUGUGGGCGUGGGUGAGGUUUCCCCACAUAUGUCUUGUAAUGAGGCAUCCACACUAGGCACUGCCUCCAGGUCCACUUGCUGUCAGAUGGAAAGGGGCUAAGAUAACAACUGAACAUUCAAUACACGUCCUACGUGCCUAUCGUGUGUCGCUUACUUCGCUACGGCCAAAUCAAGUAUCAUGUCUAACAAGUGGGAACCGCUUUGACAUAUUGUCUGGGAGCCGUACAGAAAUUAUUUGCGUUCUCUACCCGCAUAUUGUAUGGCAGGCCAACACAUAUGGAGGUCUAUUGUGCCGCUCAUACAUUUUUGGGUGGUUGAAGGCCAUCAUCCCGAACGUGUUCUCCGACAGUUUGGGAUAAAGUAAGGCAUACCAGUCGAUAUUGAUACUUCAAUUGAACUGCACAAGAUCACCCUCCAGGGCAAGCAUCAUGAAGAUUGGGCCAAAGUACAUGCCCCGCAUAUUGCUAAAUGGGCUGCGCACGCCAGAAUUGCCGAUGCACCGGCCUUUCAUGGGGAGAUGAGCUACAAUGACAAGUAUAUGGUGUGGUUUCGUCCCCGCACUGUUCGCCAUAUUACAAAAGAGACUUCGUACUGGGACACUUUGGUUGAAUCGCAGUUAAACAUUAUAGCGAAGUGCGAACCAGGUUCUGAGAUCUACACCGACUAUAUUAAUGCCUUGCAAGCUGUUGAAGAGAUUGGUCGGUUAACCUUGGACCAUGCACGUGAUGUGGGCAACACAAGUGAACCGGCUGUACGGCGUGGUCGGCAAGCAGGCGGACGUCAAGGGCAUGGAGGCCGUCAAUCUAGUCAGCGUCAUUCAUCUAGUCGGCCUCCCACAUCUGGUCAGUGUCACACACCCGUGCCCACAUCUAGUCGACGUCCCACAUCUGCUCAGCGUCCUACAUCUAGUCGGCGUCACACACCUGUGCUCACAUCUAAUCGGCGUCAUACACCCGUGCCCACAUCUAGUUGGCGCCACAGACCCAUGCAUGACCACACCAUGGAGGAAGCAAGUCAGACAACAGAUGAGAUGUGUUUGGACACUGCUUAUGACAUAGGCUCCAUGACACACGAUGAUGCGGGUCCAUCCCAUACGUUUGCCCAUGGAGACAUAUCUGGGUCCCCAUCCAUGAGGAGCGAUGGUACUUGCCCACCCACAUCCCCUAGUACAUCUCCGUUGCCCACCACCCGUACAUCUUCCCCACUGACUGGCGGCCCUACCCUUGCAGUUGUAGAUGGUAGAGAUGAGAUGAGGUUCAUGCCCACUCCUGGGCGACCCACCCCUGUUGCUGUCCCCCCUGAGUUUGUGCAUACCGAAUUCAUCCAGACACAGAUACCCACCCCCCCAGCAGAGCCUUCGCACAUCGAGGAUCGGCCACGGAGGCCGCAACGCACACGGACACAUCCUCCUGACUGUGGGACUGGACAUGGCAAGGUGAGACUAGUCAAGGAACCGGUCAGGAGAAGAAAACGAGAAUGAUUCAAGAAUGGGCAAGAAUUUGUAUUACUUUGGGUUUGUAAUGGUAUGGGAUCUUUUUGUCAUGUAUAGGAUCUUCUUGUCCUUUGGUCAUAUAUUUUUUGUAGCACAUAUCUUUUGAUAAUGAACUUGAAGAUUUGGGCUUACAAGCUAAUAUAGUUUUUUGUUCGUAACUUACAAAAUUCUGGCAAUGAACUUCAGAAAUUUCCAUUUCAGACCUAUAGAAUAACUUAUGUCCAUUAUUUUUCAGUUGCACAACUGUUUUUUUGCUAAUAAAUUUAGGAAAAUGUGGUAUUUGGCCAUUUUGGCUGGUAGUCAGGUCUAUAAUAAAAAUUGACAUACACUUUAGCUCAAGAAAAACACCCCUUCAUAUAAAAUUGUUUUUGGAUUGGUUCAUUUGCUUUAUUAAUUUUUUAAAUUUUGACAUCGAUUUUAGCCUAAAUUUUGAAGGGGCAGGACUUGUUAUUAGUAAUUGGGAAUUGAGUUUAAAAAGUUUGGUGGUGGAUAAGCUUCCUUAGAAAGGUGAAUUCCCAUAAAUUAUUUGCUCUAUAGGUUCACAAUUGUUCUAUGGUGUGGGAAUAGAAGUAUUUAAACAAUUAGGGGUGGAGAUGAUAGAUUAGAAAAUGGCUGGUGGUAUAAGAAAGAAGUUGCAUUUACACAGAUUCCGUCCCUUCAACCUGAACACUCAUUGAUUGGAGGACUUAUGCUUCUCAAGAGUAGUAUUGAUGCAACAAUAUUGAAAGUCAAAAGGUCCUAACAUAUGGCAACAAUUAUCUCAUAAGUACAAAGGUGUAUUCCACAUCAAUGGCAAUGCCACUGACGACAGUUCUGUCUCUAUUCCUCUUUGAUUUCAGGCCAACGUUGCAGGAUCUGGUUCUAGUUACUUGUACGGGUUUUUCGAUCAAGCAUGGAAAGAAUGAAUGACCAAAGAUGAAGCUGAGCAAUUAGUGGUUAAGGCAGUUUCCCUUGCCAUUGCACGUGAUGGUGCUAGUGGUGGUGUUGUUCGUACUGUCAUUAUAAAUUCCGAGGGAGUGACAAGAAAUUUGUACGCUGGUGACAAACUUCCCUUGUGGCAUGAGGAAUUGGAGCCACAUAACUCACUUUUGGACAUACUGAACACAACCAGUCCUGAGCCAAUGAACAUAUGAAGUGGAGGAAUCAUAAUGUUGAUAGGCUUCUAGCCUCACUCUAGUUAUUUUCUCUUUAGCCUGCUACAUCUGUUUUCCAAACAGGAACGAGAUUUUAAUCACUUUAUAUUUGAGAAUGGUUCAUGUACCAUAUCUUGCUGGAUAUAUUUCUUAUUGGUGUCAUCAUUAUCUCUUCUCUGGGCCAAUUAGAGGUCUGUGGAAACUGGAAAUAGAUAUAUUUGCACCUCAUCGAGGAUGACAUUUUUGAUUCAUAUAUUCCUGCUCAUUGGUCAA